CCACUUCCAAUUCCGUUCUAAUCAUAAUGUCGAGUAGAAGAUCAAGGGAAGCUCCCAGAAUCACCGAUGAUCAGAUCAUACAACUCCUCUCCAAGUUGCAACAACUUCUUCCUGAGAUUCGCAAUCGUCGUUCCAACAAGGCAUCAGCAUCGAAGGUGUUACAAGAGACUUGUAACUAUGUGAGAAGCUUGCAUCAAGAGGUUGAUGAUCUUAGCGACCGAUUGUCACAGUUGUUGUCCACUGUUGAUGCGAAUAGCCCCGAAGCUUCAAUUAUUCAAAGUUUAAUCAUGUAAUGUUUUGUACUGAAUAGCAUUUCAA